AUGAAGGGAGAGUCAGAUAACGAGCAGUCCUUCGACUCAGAUGAAUCUGACGAUUACAAUUAUAAUGAGCCUGAUUAUGAUGUAGAGGGUGAAAAAUAUAGCACAGACAGAGUUCAUCCUGAAUCUUUCAUGUAUAAAGGACUAGAAAGAAAUGAAGUCGAAAGUUUUCUCAACAGCAUUGUUGAUAAUCUGUGCAAUUUAAUACAUGUGCCCCCAGCAAUAGCUCGUUUAUUACUGCACAAUAAUAAGUGGGAUGUAGAGGCAGUCAAGAAAAAGUUUCUCGCUCAUCCUUUGGUUACACUUAUCAACCAUGAUAUCUUACCAGGAUUAAAUACCCAAUCCAGUUGCAGUGAUAGCCAAGCAGUGAUGACUACUAUUCAUACAAUUCAAAAACUUAAUUCACGGGUCACGCCUUUUUUGUCGCGACCUAAAAUCACAUCAGAUUCCUGCUGUGAAAUUUGCUUUUCAGUUCCGUCGAAUAAGUCAAAUAAUCCUGUGAAUAUAUUCAAUGAGUCAGUUAUACAAAUACCCCGUCAAUCAAAUUAUUGUAAACAAGGAAAUUCAAAAACUCCUAUUUCUUCUUCACGUAACACUGAUCCCUCAUCGCUUCAUCUCUCUCGUCCUUCCACAAUUUCCAGUAAUAUGUAUGAUGUUUGGUCAGACAACUCUAACGAAAAGCAUUGUGACUUUUUAAAUAAUCGUGAAAUGAAUGGACUAUGUGGUCUAUCCUGUGGUCAUCGAUUUUGUCCAGAUUGCUGGUGUUCCUAUUUGACAGUGAAAAUUGAAGAAGGCUUAAGUAUUGACAUCAAAUGUAUGUCAGUUGGGUGUAAUGUUCUAGUCAUAGAGGAUUUUCUUUUGACAUUGUUGAAAAAUUCUCCCGUAAAGGAUAAAUACCUAAAUUUACUAUUUCAACGUAUGGUUGAAAGUCAUCCGUCAUUGCGAUUUUGUGUGGGUUUCAACUGUCCAAUGUUGAUUUGUGCAUUGGAAGAGCCGAAAGCUCGACGUGUCCAGUGUGGACGAUGUCAUUCAGAGUUCUGUUUUAUGUGCUCAGAAGCAUAUCAUGCGCCAACUAGCUGUGCAACCUUAAAACACUGGCUAGUGAAGUGUCGAGAUGAUUCAGGUACAGCAAAUUAUAUGACAGCACACACUAAGGAUUGUCCAUCGUGUCAUGUGUGUAUAGAAAAAAAUGAAGGUUGUAAUCAUAUGAAAUGCUCAAUUUGCCAUUAUGAAUUUUGCUGGGUGUGCUUAGGUGUUUGGAAAUCGCACGAUGCAGAGUAUUACUUCUGUAGCAAAUAUCAAGAGAAUCCAGAUGCUGCAAAAGAGUCUGUGAGAACACGAGCUCGUGAAUCACUGGAGCGAUACAUGUUUUAUUAUGAAAGAUGGGAAAAUCAUGAACGAAGUCUGAGAUUAGAACAUGAUCAUCGAGCACGUAUUCAAGCCAGAAUCAAUGAAAAAGUACUCAAAAAAGAAGGUACAUGGAUUGAUUGGCAAUAUUUACUUCUGGCUGCAGACACUCUAAGAAACUGUCGAUACACUUUAAAAUACACUUAUCCUCAUGCUUUUUACGGGGAAAAAUUAGAACGUAAAGAGCUAUUCGAAUAUCAACAAGCAUUAUUAGAAGCUGAAGUAGAAGAUCUCUCUUGGAAGAUAGAACAUGCCGAGAUAACAGAUCGAGCAGAUUUACAAAAUAAAAUGGAUAUCUGUGAAAAGCAUCGGUUAACUUUGUUACAAGAAUUUUUGACCAAUUAA